AUGGGGAAUGAUUUAUCCAGAAAAUUUCAGCCAGCCCAAGGACUCACCGCUAUAGUCUUCAUUGGCACUAUUUCUUCACUGGCUGUCCUUUUCCCGGAACAACGCGAUACAAUUCUCCCUCGACUGGUCUCCUUUGGCCACUUGACUUGCAUUUCUGCAUGGUUUGGUAUCCAGUUUUGGGUGACGUUUGUCGCAGGGUUAACAAAAAUGAAAUUGCUCCCACGCCACUAUUUUGGUUUGGUUCAGAGUCACCUUUUCCCAAAAGCUUUUUUGUAUGGAACUGGCUUCACCCUAGCAGCUCUUGGCACAUUUUUUAUAAAGAACCCAUUGGAUACAUGGCAGUAUGAUGAAAAAGUCAAGGCUACAGCGCUCUUGGUAAAUCUUGGAGCAUCUUUGAUCAAUCUCCUGUUUGCGAUUCCAAAAAUGAAUGGGUUCAUGACACAAGAGCAUAAGUUUGAAAAAGAACAUGGGCAUGGAGAGGAAAUUGGUCCAAUAACAGACCCAAAACUCCUGAAUAACCCACAAUACAAAGUGCUUCGCAAAAAUUUCUUUAUUUACCAUGGCAUUGCAACAUCUCUCAACCUUCUGGCAUUUGCAGCCUGUGGAGUCUACUUCUGGUAUUUGAGCAAAGAUAUCAAAGUAUGACAUUCAGUAGUGCACAAUGGGCACCAGAAGUAAAUCUUUAAAAGCAUUACAUGAUAUGAUGUAUGAUGGCUGUCUUUUAAUAGCUACAAAUUCUGAAGAGCAAGGAAAUGGAACAACAUGCCAGUUUUCAAUAUCAAAGUUGAAAACUUUUAGAAAACCGUUGAUUUGAAAAGACUUUUAGAAAGUAACAGUAGUAGAUUUGAAAAGACAAAACCAAUCAUUUGCCACUAAAAUAUUACAUUCUUUAUGCUUAGCACACACUUACACAGCUGUUUUAAUAAAAUCUUUUUCAUGAUAACAUAAAACUAUAAUAAAUUUCCUUGGGUUAUUAGUUUCUGAGAAACUGGUCCUUCUAGGAUGAUGCAAAUCAUUGAGCAAAAUGCUGAUAAGAAUGGUUUUUAGAGAUUCCAGUUGUCAUAAAAUCUUUAUUCCAUGGUUUUAGAUAAUGAAUAGAACAAGCCUUUAUAUCCAUUUGUUCAUUGUAUCUGAUAAUGUUCUAGCAAGCAAAAUUGAUACUACCAGUUCAAGCUUUUUGCCAAAUACCAAAGAUAUGCAGAGGAACAUCCUAGCGAAACCAUAUUUACUAAUGAAGAAACUGCAUGCAGUUUGAAAAACAUGCCACGAAGCUCCAUGUAUGUUUUGUCACUCUGCAAUCCCUUGCUUAGAGGGAUUCCGACUUCUUGUCCACUCUCCCCAUGCUCUCUCUCAUAUUUAUGACAUUUGAACAUUUGAGCAGUGGUAAUUGGUUCAAUGACAUAAUAAUUUGCAGCAUUUGAAGCUAGCAUCAGGCCUAGGAGCCAACCCUGUUAAAAACAGUUGGAAGUACUCAACAUAAUACAUAAAUUUGUUACCAUAUAACAGUUACACUAUGUGUUGCACUAUAACAGUAUUCUAAGCUCAAAGAACUGAUUAUUAUUUCAAAAUAUUGCUUAAUUUCUAUAUGCAAAAAGUGGAAAA